GCAAACACGAGCUGAACAAAAUAUGACGAGGAUUUUCUCUUUUAUCAUCUUUCUCCUUGCGAUGUUCUGCACGAGUUUGAUCAGCUCAGUUUCUGCAGGUUGGAUGCAAGCUCAUGCAACUUUCUACGGCGGAAGUGAUGCUUCUGGUACAAUGGGUGGAGCAUGUGGUUACGGCAACCUCUACACCGAUGGUUACGGAACAAACACGGCAGCGUUAAGCACUGCAUUGUUCAACGACGGCAAAUCUUGUGGCGGCUGUUACCAAAUGGUCUGCGAUGCGGCCAAAGUGCCACAAUGGUGUCUUAAAGGCAAAUGGAUAACAAUCACAGCCACAAACUUCUGUCCUCCAAAUUAUGCUUUACCAAAUGACAAUGGAGGUUGGUGUAACCCUCCCAGGCCUCAUUUCGACAUGGCUCAGCCUGCAUUUGAGACCAUUGCUAAGUACAGAGCCGGCAUCGUCCCUGUUCUCUAUAGAAGGGUCGGAUGUAGAAGAAGCGGAGGUAUGAGAUUCACAAUGAACGGUAGAGAUUACUUUGAGCUUGUCCUCAUCUCAAAUGUAGGAGGAGCAGGUGAAAUUUCCCAAGUAUGGAUCAAAGGCUCUAAAAGCAGCAAAUGGGAAUCAAUGUCAAGAAACUGGGGAUCUAAUUGGCAAAGCCUUACUUACCUUAAUGGCCAAAGUCUCUCAUUCAAAAUCCAAACCAGUAAUGGUAAAAUCAAGACAGCACUCAAUGUAGUUCCUUCGAAUUGGCAGUUUGGUCAAAGCUUUAAGAGCAACUUAAACUUUUGAAAGCACACUCUUCU